AUGAUGUACACUCCUACUCCCGCUACUAGAAGACCCAGACCACCUAGAUCUACAAGUAGACAAAGCAGACCUCCUCUAGUGACUUCUUCCUCAGCACCAAACACUGAGAAAAUCUCUUUCCGCACUCAGGCUCAAACUCAAGAUCAAACUACUUUAUCGAACGACAGAAAAGAGGAGACACCUUUAUCGACAUAUAUCAAACGCAGACAAGAUGAAUCAAGAUAUAACCUAAGUAGGAUAAGUGCAAGUCCAUCUGAUGUAAGUUUCGCACUCGACGUCAACCCACCCUCGUCAAGCAAUGCAAGAACUACGAAUAUCCUUACAGCAGAUAGAAAAGAAGAAGGUGAUAUCAUAGGUUUAGGUAUAGGUAUAUCACCUUCAGCUGCAACCUCAGCUUCCUUGAUUCUUCCAACAAUUGAAAAAAGUGCGAACAUGUUCAAGGAAAAUUCACCUCCUCCACCUUAUGGUCAAAACAUCAUUUCUCUUCAACAAGAUGUUGCAAUACCGAAACGACCUCAAACUCCUCCACGACAAGACUCAGGACUUUCAUCAAGGAAAGCAUCAACUUCACCUGCUUACGAUAAUGUAUCGUUCAAUUCGAGAAAGAGGAGUAUCACCGAAGGAGGAGAGGCAACUCUUUUCGAAGUUGAAAGAGGCUUGCCCGCAGGCCAAAACGACGAAACAGGGUUCAGCGAGGAUGACAUUGACGAAAGGGAUAUCAAAGAAAGGUUUAGGGAAAUGAAGCAGCAGCUUCGAUUGAGGGAAGAAGAACUGCUCAUAGCUGCUCGAGUAGCUGAACAAGCGCUUCAAAGUCAUGAACAAGUCUUAUCCCUACUGCCCAUUCAACAUAAACUACGCCUGCCCCCAUCUCAUCGUCCUGAAGAUAGCCCAGUGAUAGAUGAUUAUAUGUCACAUAUCACUGGUCAGAUUCGUCAUGUAUCUUCUUCAGCUAUCACCGAUCCCCUUUCACCCGUCGAGUCAUAUCCUUCCACCGUUAGCACCCAGCAUGAAAGGUUUCAAUCUAACACUUCAUCCAAUUUCCAAGACUAUGCGCUGGAAUCACCGUUCCGGAUACCAUCACCUGAACAUGCCUUCCCACGAUCCAUCAGGAAUAGACGAGAUCAUGGUCCCGUCAUACAUCAUGCAUCUCGCCAUCAUAAGAAUCGCCCAAGCAUAUUUCGUCCGCAGUCCACGUCUUCGAUAUCGCAGAUUCCUACUCCUAGAUAUAACAGACUGGCAGCCAUUCAAGCCGAAGCUGAAGAAAGGAUAAUAUCACUCGAACAAGCCCUAUCAGACGCUCAGGAAGGAGAGGAAACGCAAAGGAAGGUAGCUGCUAGAUGGAGGAAAGAAGUGGAUAAAAUGCAAAGAGAACUAGAUAAAGUUGAUGAGAGGAGAAUGAACGAUGAGAAAGGCAUUUUGAGGGAGAGUGUAAUUGGAAAGCCUGGAUUCAGGAGGAAGACGAGUCAAGAACAGUCAAAUCAGAGGCAUCAGGAGAGUGGCUCUGCUGAAAAUACAUCAGCGUCAGAACUGGGAUGGGGCUAUACAACUUUCCCGGAGUUUCCAUCAACCGAAUUUUCGAACAUCCCCGACCUGGCCGCAAGCAGUAAAGGUCAUACUCUCGUCGCUGCACCUCAAGUCAGAGUUGCAUCUCGUGCUGAUGGAACAGUGCUGGGGACGUCCGUUGACCUUUAUCUAAAUCAAACACGGGAUCAUAUAGGAGCUAUCGACGACUCUACUAUCACGGAACAACCGUCACUCCACGCUAUCUCCGUUGAUGAUACAGAUUCUAUGAAUAUUACGAUACCUGAGAACCAUGGCGAAACAAGCACUAGUGUAUUCGAGGACAAGGACAUUUCGCUGCCUCGUCAACCAGCUCCACGCCUUUCCACGUCGAAAUUCAGUCGUCUUUCUCCAAAGAAGGAAAGCCUAAGACAAGCCAAUGAGAAAUCUCCAAACCCGCCCACACCUAAAGUCACGAUAGAAUCUCCUCCCAUCUCCCCCUCAGAAGCUCAAUCUCGCCGGGGAUCAGGUGACUCAAACUCAUCAAUGCGGCGGUCCCCAUGGCCGAUAUCUCGUCAAAUCAUUGUAGACCCUUCACCUGAGGUCCGUCGAACGAUUGACUUUUUCUCCCAUUCUAGAGAAGGGUCACGAUCACCUAGCAUGAGUCCAGCAUUUGCCUCGCUCAGUUCACGUAUGGCUAGUAUGCGUGCUCAAAUUAACCAAAGCCUCAGUUUGGGACCAAGUGCGGAUAUAGGGAGAACUCUGGGUAGCGAAUUGGGAAGCGAGUUUGGCGAUGACUGGGACAGAGAUUUGAGGAGUUUAGAGCAAAUCCAAUGGUCUCAACCGAAAGUGUCAUCACCCUCACCGCUCUCGCGUACCAGUAAAAUAUCACCUUUGGCUUUCCCUAACGAUUCGUCGGAAAGUGAGAAUGAGCUUGAUCAUGGAAACGACGACGAUACUUCAUCCCCCUCACCUGUAUACCAACCAUCUUUCCCCUUACCUGCCACUGUUUCGGCAGCGUUAUCAUCAUUGGCAAUGGCUCUUGCACCAUCAACUAUAUUCUCCGAUGACCUCGAUCAGUCUUCUCGCAUCUUGCCAAAGGGUUCACUGCGAGAAUCGGGACUUGAUCAUUCAGCUUAUGAUCUACUGAAUGUGGCUUGUAAAUCUAAGGAGAUCAGAUGGGCGGACGAUGACAUCCAGCAAGGACCAAAUCUGAAACUCACUUCAUCGUGUGAGAGCAAGUCAGAUAAAUUCAAGGAGAAGAUAGGGUCUAUAUUGGUACCUUUGAACCACGGACUGAAGGACUGGGUCGAAGAAAAAGAUCCUUGGGAUGAUGGUGGAUACACCGACGAAAGCAAUUAUUCCGAAAACAGCAACACCAACGGAAAAUCGUAUGUAAUCGCUAAACGAGCUAUUUCUUUUGCUCGAUCACCUAAAGCCACUCCAAGGAGAUACGCUCUUGCUCACAGAAGGCUAAACUCGUCGAAUUACAUAUCUCAUCAUAUACCUUCUAACACAGUGGUGAACAAUAAAGCCAAAGGCAAAAUCACGGAUCGCUAUGUGGAAACGAAAAUGAGACCUGAUCAAACGUUAACUCAGAGGGGAAUACGUUCUCUUAGACCAUCUUUAGAGAAAGUGAAUUCCGUGGUGGAACCUGAAGUGGACAUGGCAAGUAAUGAACCCAGUACGAUUCCAGCUAAGAUUGUUCAUGAUAUCUUUUGUAUCGUGUCAAUAUGGUUGGAGUAUAUGGAAUGGAUCAUCGUUCUGACCAUUAGGGUGUGUAUGGAUAUCAGAAGCGGACCAAGAGGGUCAGCUGGCUUAAGGAAAGGAGAGAGGACAAGGAGAUAUUACAUCUAG